GUAUUCUAUAUUUUCCAAUUGAAUGCUAUAUUGUAAACUUUUGUGAGGUCCUAAGAAGUCCUUAAUAGAUUAAAUACUUGGACAAUACUUGCACAAGUACUAAAUAGACACAGGUUAUCUCUACUAAGUUUUCCAUUACAUUUUUACUGUCUUAUUUGAUUAAACACAUGUUUUCUUCUAUUUUCCUUUUAUAUUUGUUUGUUUGAUGCUUAAAUAAUCAUGUUGAAAACCUCUCAUACCAGCAAGCUUCCAUCUUAUUGAAACUCUGCUUUAUUUACCUACCAGCAUUUCAUAUUCUUUAUGAAAACAUUUAUUUAAUAAUCUUGAUUGCCUUAAGAUGUGGAUGUUAGUAUGCUGACUGUAAUCAUCAUGAAUUAUAUGCUGUAAAUGCCUUUAUGUUGUAGCAUUACUUGCUUAGGUUUUGUAAGCAAGCUAUAUACUAAGUUAUUAUAAAAAUAAGUGCAGAUACUAUUUUGUAAUGAUAUACUAAAAUAACCUAAAAAGAUUUAACCUCCAUAAUAUUUCAGUAUGGUUGCUUUUGUGGCGAAUGCUGGUUAUUUGCACGUGUUUGCUUUUAAAGCAGGUUAGAUUCCCUCAUGAUUAAAUAAUGGUUUAAAAACAAACAGCAAAAAGCUGACUAAUAUACCUUGUUCAUAUACCUUUAGUGACAAAAUGAAUAUCAAGAGGAUGUUUUCAUUUUUCAAAAAGGUUCAGCUUGUGGCUUUAAUGGCCUUUAGUCUGUGUCCCAGCUGAAUUGACACUGAUAAAGAAAGCACCUUCAAUAAUUUGCAGAUAACCUUUAUGCAAGGUCUGCAAGCUAAGAAAAUUAUCAGUACUCUUUUGUUUUGCUUUAUCCUGGGCCAACCAUUGUCCCUUUGAAUAAUUGGGAGCCACAGAAUUUGCCAGUUUUAUCUUUUUACUUGGUCAGCAGCUACUAGUUUUGUCCCCAAGAUCAAUUGCCUUGGUAACAAAACCGGAGAGAGGGAGGAAGGGGGAAGAAGAGCAAAAAAAGGAGGGAUAGAGAGACAUAGGCAGAAAGGAGGAGAGAGAGCGCGCUUUGUGCCUACAAUGGCGUCUGUAGGUAUGCUAAAUACCUCUGGUUCCUUAUCCGGGAACUACCUCUUCCUCUGCUAUUGGGCCAUUGGGUCACGUGGUUAAAGUAACUUUACAGGGCUGCUCGCAAGUAGGAGGGCUUUAUGGAGCAGAAAAACGACAAAGCUAGAAAAAUUAUUUUCCACUCCAGAAAUUAAUGAUCAUGAGCUCGUAUUUGAUGGAGUCUAACUACAUUGAUCCGAAAUUUCCUCCAUGCGAGGAAUAUUCGCAAAACAACUACAUCCCCGAGCACAGUCCAGAAUAUUACAGCCGCGCAAGGGACACUGGCUACCAGCAUCACCACCAGGAGUUAUACCCUCCUCCGCGGGCGAGCUACCAAGAGCGCCAGUAUAACUGUGCAAGCAUCCCCGAGCCCGACACGCCGCGGGGACACGGAAUACCCCAUUCUGCGCACCUGCUGACGGGAAAGGGCCAGCCUGCGUCAUGUGAGACCCCACAGUUGUCCAUGUCCCCCGCCACCCCACCGGCCGCAGCUUCCGCCUGCAACCAAGCCACCCCGGAGCAUCCCAACAGCACAGUCUCCUCCAAACAGCCCGUGGUGUACCCCUGGAUGAAGAAAAUUCACGUCAGCACUGUGAACUCUGGUUACAAUGGGACGGAGCCAAAGCGGUCUAGGACAGCGUACACCCGGCAGCAGGUCUUGGAAUUGGAGAAGGAAUUCCACUAUAACCGGUAUCUAACCCGGCGGAGACGCAUAGAGAUCGCGCACACCCUGGUGCUCUCUGAGCGACAGAUUAAAAUCUGGUUUCAGAACCGCAGGAUGAAAUGGAAAAAGGAUCACAGGCUGCCGAACACCAAAGUGAGAUCCUCCUCCUCUUCUUCCUCCUCCGGGUCCAACACAGGCUCUGCGGCCGGUGGAGUCACCACUGUCUCGGCCACCAACACUGGGGCCCCUGACGAACUCACCGGAUCACAGCAUGGCGAGGAUAUUACCAGGUAUAGAAAAGCCGGACUGCGUGCUGAAAAUGUUUGAAGAAAAAUCGCAAAAGCUUCUCGGCCACCCCAAGUUGCCAGCAGGAUUAGUUUCCAACUCUAGAGCACUGUCAUUGGAGGAGUGGCACACGUGACCAAAGGACCCCCCUCUGUUUCAGAUUGAACCCAUGUGCACUUUCUGAGCGCCCACCAGAGCCUGCAGUAUACUGCCAUGCCAAGGGCAAGCUGGACACUAAAAGCAGAGGAUGUAGUGUCACCAUCUGCCACUCAGGAGGCAUUUUCCCCUGGAUGAA